GCUUUACUCUGUUGGUCAGGAACAACGGUAUUUUGCUAAGCCAGCGUCCCGAGACUGAAGUCGUUUCUUUCAUAGCUUUAAUUUCUUUGGUUAGAGUCGUUUGUAGACAGAAGUAUUUCUAGUUAGUUACAGGAAAUUUGGGACUAAACACAAGUAAGGCUUUCCUCAUCCCCCCCCUCUUUCUCCUGGCUGGCAUCCUCGCCAGCUGCAUCUCGUCGGGAUGGACCCAGCAAGCCGAUACCAAGUGUUGCACAAUGAGGACGACUGUCCCGAAGCCUCGACCAGCGAGGAGCAGCCGUGCACUUCUGCAACAGCCCAAGCCGAAGCAUCUGGACAGAACCAGAACCAGGACCAGGCUCAAGCAAGUCCGGCCCCUGUCCUGGCAGCAGAGGAGGCAUCAUCCUCCAGGACUCAGGGGGAUGCAGAGGCACCGCCUCCUCCUUACGCCUCCAUCGACCUGGGUGCAGCCGCUGCAGCACCUGAGACCAGUUUCCAAGGCGACUUUCCGGUGCCUCCGCCCUACAGUGUCGCCACCUCAUUACCCACAUAUGAUGAGGCAGAGAAGGCUAAAGCAGCUGCCAUGGCUGCCUCCACAGUGGAGGUGUUGCCCCGGGACGAUGACUUCCCCCCAAGAGAUGACUUCAGUGAUGCUGACCAGCUUCGAGUUGGGAAUGAUGGGAUCUUCAUGUUGGCCUUUUUCAUGGCCUUCCUGUUCAACUGGAUCGGGUUCUGCCUUUCUUUCUGUCUGACCAACACCAUCGCGGGACGCUACGGAGCCAUCUGCGGCUUCGGCCUCUCGCUCAUCAAGUGGAUUCUCAUCGUGAGGUUCUCUGACUACUUCACUGGCUACUUCAACGGCCAGUACUGGCUCUGGUGGAUCUUCCUGUUGCUCGGUCUCUUGCUGUUCUUCAGAGGUUUCGUGAAUUAUCUUAAGGUCCGCAACAUGUCAGAAAACAUGGCGACCUCUCACAGAACACGCCUCUUCUUCCUCUACUAAAGGUUUCCAUCAGCACUCCUUCCCUCCCCUCGAAUGACCUGACCGAGGAGCUUAACAGCGAAGAGAGGAGAUGGAGAAGGAAUGAAGGAAAGAAGUAAUGUUAACAUAAAUUUAAUCUGAAGCUUCUCCUAAACGUAGCCGAUACAGCCAUCUUUGACCAUCAGAUUUUCAUUUUCCUUUGAUUCAAAGCUCCUCGUGCCGUCUUUACUGGUCCAGCUCAUGUUCCACAUCUCAGAAGCAGAACUUGCAUUUACUCAAAAAAUAAAAAAAAAAGCACAAUGAGCCUGUUUAACAUAGUCAACAUGGAGGACGUGGACGGCUUUUCUCCCCAGCUUUGUCUCCGACAACCACAUCAACAAAGUAAAACUCAGAUUUCUCUGUGAAGUGUUUCACAUUACAAUAGAUCCGUCCAGUUUUAUUUUAAAGUGCACGAACCUGUUUAUAUCUCACAAACCGUGAUGCUUCCACAUGAGCUGAAAGACGGAACACGAACUGGUUUCUUGUUAAAAGCAAAACCUUAUUUAUUCUGACACUUCAUCUCAACUCACAGUAAAACGUCUGCUUUCUCAUCUCCAAUCUCGCAUCUGAAGCUACCAAGGAGGUAAAAAAUUAAAU